UCCUUGUUAGAAUGAUAGCUCAACGUGGCAAACGAAGCAAACAGACAAUUUCAGAGAGGACAAGAAUAUAUGGACUUCUUUAUUUCGCGAAAGAAAAUUGCGCGGAAAGGUGAAUUUUUCUGCGAGAAUGAGCACAGCAUAGGCAUCAUGUCGUGGGGUAUUAAAUUUCUCCUACUUGUAACACUUUGCCUUUAUAUACAAGCAAUUUCAGCCAAACAUUAUGAUGUCAAAAUGUGCUGGAGUCAAUCAGAUUUUGAGGCGAUUUUGGACUCGCAGUGUUUAAAUCACGCUCUCAGGCGAGGCAUGGAGAGGCGAGAUUUUGUCAAAUCGGAGAAAGAGGCUAAGCACUUCCUCCAGAAAUUAGCAAGGAGAGACCUUCACUCCACGGAAACAAGUGGACCUACGAACUAUCAUGAAGAGUGUUGUGUGGAGGGAUGCAAGUUUGAAGAAAUAGCGGAGUAGUGCUUGCUGUACUGAAAGUAUAUGAUCGACAUAAAUCAAAGAACACUAGCCAGAUCUUGAAUAAUAUGUACAGCCAUUUCAGAAUGGAGGGGGGUGAAUAGGGGUAUGCAAAUCCGCCGAUCCGCUAUGAUUUGAUAACCAAAUCUGUCAGUCCGUUAAAAAAAAUUGUUAGGCUGAAUCCGUUCGCUACUUGCCUCGUAAAAAGGUGAAAAACACACCUUGAGCUGUUGUGUGUUAGCUAGGCAAUGGCUUUCCCAUCGAGCGAAUUGCAAUCGGUGAGGUACAGUGUCACGGAUAAGGCCCGGGGGGGAAUCCCAUAUGAAACCAACUGGGAUGCUCGUCGGAAAUUUUAAAUUUAACCCCUAAAGGAGACCAUCUGGGCGUGGCUUAAGCAAAUUUUGACCCCUAAAAGA